AAGAUAAAACUAAAUUGCCAGAAAGGGCACAUAGAAAGAAAGAGAUAAGAUUGACCCGACCUUGUUAGUGUUGGAAGUUAGAAUGAUAAUCAUAGCUUCCAAAAAGCUUCUCUUUCAAGGGAAUCCUUCCAUCCCAUCUCCAUUUGAUUUUUACACUCUCAACCCAAAUCAAAAUCCUCAAAUCUCAUGAUAAUAUAUAGUAGCAGCAGAAUAGAUUUUUGACUUCAACCCAGAUAGAUAAUCUCUAUGACUGUGAAUAUGGGGAUCAAAAGUUUUCUUCUUGCGCUCUCUAUGUUAUCCUCCUCGGCUUUCGCCACUUCCGAUGAAGGGUUACCGAAAAUAAGUCUCAAGAAGUGGCCUUUAAGCCUUAAAGGAAUAAAAGCUGCAAGAAUCACUCAUCAUCAAUAUCCUUCCACUCAAAAUAACAUGGAAGCUGUUGUAUAUCUGAAAAAUUAUCUAGAUAUCCAAUAUUAUGCAGAGAUUGGUAUUGGUUCACCUCCACAACCUUUGACUGUUGUCUUUGACACUGGUAGCUCAAAUCUUUGGGUCCCAUCUUCAAGAUGCAUUUUUUCUAUUACUUGCUAUCUUCAUUCCAAGUUCAAAGCAAGACUCUCCUCUACCUAUACCAAAAUUGGAAUACCUUGUAAAAUUCCUUUUGCUUCUGGAUUCAUUUCCGGCUUCUUCAGCCAGGAUAAUGUAAAAGUUGGGGAUGUUGUCGUUAAAGAUCAAGAAUUUGUUGAGAUCACAAGAGAAGGACUUUUAGCAUUGUUAAUUGCAAAGUAUGAUGGGGUUCUUGGACUUGGAUUUCAGAAUAUCGCUGUUGACCAAGCCACACCAGUGUGGUAUAACAUGGUAAUUCAAGGCCAAAUGGUCCAGAAAGUUUUCUCUUUCUGGAUAAAUCGAGAUCCAAUGUCAAAGGUGGGAGGUGAGAUUGUCUUUGGAGGUAUUGACUGGAGGCGUUUUACCGGUGAACAUACUUACUUUCCAAUUACUCGAAAGGGUUACUGGCAGAUUCAGAUGGAAGAUGUGCUUGUUGCUGGCCUGUCCACAGGCCAGUGUGCAGCUGGAUGUGGUGCAAUUGUGGACACAGGCACUGCCUUCCUUGCCGGUCCAACUGCAAUUGUUGCUCAAAUUAACCUUGCUAUUGGAGCAGAGGGAAUUGUGAGCUUGGAAUGUAAAAAUGUUGUUUCAAACUAUGGGAAUUUGAUAUGGGACUACUUAGUAUCAGGGUUGCGGCCUGAGAUAGCCUGUGUAGAUAUUGGACUGUGUCCAUAUAAUGGAUCAAAAUAUGUGAGAAAAAACAUUGAGACAGUAGUUCAUAAUGGAACUCAAACAGGCUCACCGGUUAAUGAGACUCCAUUAUGUACUUUCUGUGAGAUGAUUGUCUUCUGGUUUCAAGUACAACUUAAACAACAAAAGGCAAAGGAUAAAGUAUUUAAAUUUGCAGAUGAGUUAUGUGAAAGGCUCCCUAAUCCCUUAGGAAAGCCAUUUAUCGAUUGUGAUAAGAUUGGAGUCCUGCCAGAUGUGACAUUCACCAUCGGAAACAAAACCUUCUCCCUUUCCUCGAAACAGUAUGUACUAAGAGUUGUAGAAGGCUGGUCUACUUUCUGCAUUAGUGGGUUUGUUCCUUUGGACGUUCCUCCUCCACAAGGUCCCCUCUGGGUUCUUGGAAAUCUGUUCUUGGGAGCAUAUCAUACUGUGUUUGACUUUGGAAAUUCCCAGAUAGGAUUUGCAAAAGCAGCAUAAUGGCAGUAAACUGUUUAGAUUAAUACUAAGCUAGAGUUAUGAGAUUGUAAAUUUAAGUAAAGGUAUUGGUAAAGGGGUAUGCACAGUACACAUCCUAAUUAGCCUCCAGUUGGGUUUAGGCCAUAAGGUUGAUGUCAUUUGCUUGCAAUGCAAGGAUACUAGAUAUAAUGAUAUCAUCAGGGCUUUGUGUAGCCCUUAUUCAAACUAAAAACACUGUACAAUAUUUCUAGCUUUUGUUGAGAAGUUUGACCAGUUGUAAUAUUUCUAGUUGUGGGUGCUCUGUUA